AUGACCUCAUCACAAGAAGCCAAGCGGAAGCGAAGGAGAGAAUCACACAAUCUAGUUGAGCGACGGAGGAGAGACAACAUCAAUGAGAGGAUUCAGGACCUCAGCAAACUUGUUCCAGGUCAUCGUUUGGAAGACGAGAAGAUCCGGAAGCUCAUCCAGAAUGGCACCCCACUCUCCCCAACCCUUACCGGCGUUUCCAGCCCUGGACAAGCAACGUCUGCUCUUGCGGGCCCGGGUGCAAGACGAGCCACCAGCAGCACCGCAGGCAAUAUUACAACCGGUCUGCCUGUCGAAGACAAGGACAAGGGCCCGAACAAAGGAGACAUUCUCAACGGUGCUGUCAGCUGGACUCGCGACCUCAUGUGGAUGCUUCAUCUGAAGAUGCAGCAACAAGAGGAGCUAAUUAACACCAUUGCGGAGCUCGGCGGCCAAGUUCCUUUUGAAAUGACCGACGACGAGAAGCGAAUGCAGACUGAACUGCUAGAGGCCAUCGCCAAGAACGAGACGGCCGAGUUCACGUACUCUCGCGCAGCUGGCUCUGGCCUGAGAGUACCCCAUCACACCGACUACAAGGGCGAGCCCCUAAACGGCGCCCCUGAUAUCUCCAUCAGCCCUGAUGGAGAUCUAAAUGGCGGCAUGGUGGACUCCAACCAGUUCUGGGGCGAUGAGGACGACGGCAGCGGAGACAUCAAGUUCGACAAGGACAGCUUCAAUGAGGAGGACGAGUUCAUGGACCUCAAUUAA